CCGUGCCGGAGUCGACCCACAAGAGGUCAACAUUCCGGUCUUUUCCGCUCGGAUAUUACCAAGGCCACUUACUUCUCCACGCCGCUGCUGCUGGGCAAGAACGGUCUCGAGAAGAACCUUGGUCUGCCCAAGGUGAACGCCAACGAGAAGGAGCUGCUCAAGAAGGCCAUUCAGGAGCUGAAGAAAAACAUCCAGAAGGGCGAGGAGUUGGUCAAGAAGAAGUGAAUUUUUAGAUCAAGUUGAAAAUAUUUGUAACCAACAAUUGAAAAUAAAAUUUGAAGUACAUGAUAAAAAGUAUCCGCGUAUUUGUUUUCUUUGUAGUAAAAUUUAUUCUCAUUCUACAUUCUUGGACUUAGCGGCGGCGGCGGGUUUCGGUUCCGUGACGGGGUGGCUUCCUCUAAGUCUCCCUCUACAUGGGACAAACUGUGCUGACCUCCGCUAGUAACUUUAAGGAUGCGCAUGCCCUGCACCUGCUUGCUGACAAGCUGCGUUGUUCGUCUUCCUCGUUGCCAGUUCCAAGUUGCUGGUUCGAGCUCAUGC